UGGCAAUGCAAAGCCGCCAUUAACGUCGAACGGAAGAAGACAUUACUCUCUUCUCUCUCUCGCUCUCUCUUUCUCUCUCCGGUUUGAAUUCUCUCUCGUUUCAUCCAUUCCGUUUGCAAAAAUCUUAAGCUCAUCUUUCCUGAUCAAACUUCUCUUGGAAUCUAAAGUUUCCAAUUUGGAUCUUUUAACUUCUCUUAUAUUUCUUCUCUCAUUCAACUGUUUUUCUUCUGGGCCGUGGUUGGAUUAUCGGUUUAACCUGGAUUUUGUUAUUGUUUUUUCAAAAAAUUCUCUGCAGUUUUUUUCUGUGUUGAUUGACCAACAAUUUCUCUGGCUCGAAGUAGAAGUGCUUUGAACUUUGGCCUGUUUUAUUUCUUGAUAAACCUGUAUCUUCUAGUCAGUGAAUUCUUCCAAAUUGUUUUUCUUUCUUCCUUUUUUGAUUUUGUUUAUUCAAUUUCCCUGGGUGGUGUUAGUUAGUUAAUUUUCUAGGCUUGAGUUUCGUGAACUCAUUUAUGUUCUUGAGUUAAGGGCUUAGCUAAUAAUGCAGAAUGUAGGAGGAUAAGAGGAUGGGAUCUUUAUCGUUAAUUCAGCUUCUCUGGGUUGUUUCUGGUGUUCUCUUUGUGACCUGUGAUUCCUUUCCAUCAUCUGAACUUUGGGCUCUUAUAACUUUCAAAGAAGGCAUAGAUGAAGACCCAUUUCAGGUUUUGUCAAGCUGGAAUGCCCUGGAUGCAGAUCCUUGUGACUGGUUUGGCAUUUCCUGCUCUGUGGCUAAAGAACAUGUUAUAAAGCUGAAUAUUUCUGGGUCAUCUUUGAGGGGGUUUAUUGCGCCAGAACUUGGUCAACUCUCUGACUUGCAGAAACUCAUUUUACACGGGAACAAUCUAAUUGGAACUUUACCCAAAGAAAUCGUCACCUUGGAAACCCUAAUGGUCUUGGAUUUGGGGAUGAAUCAAUUAACAGGCACCAUUCCACCUGAGAUUGGCAAUUUGAAGUACCUUGAGGAACUUCGACUGGACAUGAAUAGGUUUACUGGAACCAUUCUUGGUAGUAACAGUUCAAGUUUUGCAUCUAUUAUGCGUGGAAUGCAUCCAUCAAGUGGGAAUGCUACUGGCCUCUGUCUAACAUCCAAGUUAAGAGUUGCAAAUUUCUCAUACAACUUCUUUGUUGGGAGCAUACCCAAGUGCUUGGACUAUCUUCCAAGGUCAAUUUUUAGAGGGAAUUGCCUUCAAGGCCAGGAGCCUAAACAACGUGUUGCUGCACAAUGUGGUGCCACUCCACCCCACAAAAGCCAUCCUAUAGUUGGCCCAAAGCAAGAGCAUGCUGCAUACGGAUACAAACACCAGGGGUUAUCAAAACCUGACUGGCUUUUAGCCUUAAAAAUUGUGACAGGAAUCAUGGUUGGUUCCCUUUUUCUUGUUGCUCUUCUCACUGCUCUUCAUCCAUUCAAAGGCAGAUCUUCCAUCAGUAUUUCCUGGAAGAAAUCAGUAAGGGAGAAGGAGGAUCUGACAGCUUACAUAGAUCCUGAGAUGUUGAAGGAUGCAUUGCGAUUUAGCAGGCAAGAGCUUGAAGUAGCAUGUGAAGAUUUCAGCAACAUCAUUGGCUCGUUUCCUGACUGUCUGGUCUACAAAGGCACACUCAAAGGUGGGCCUGAGAUUGCUGUGAUUUCCCUUUGCAUCAAUGAAGAGCAUUGGACGGGCUAUCUUGAACUUUAUUUUCAGAAAGAGGUUGUGGAUUUGGCAAGAUUAAAUCAUGAGAACACUGGAAAACUAUUGGGCUAUUGUAGAGAUAGCACUCCUUUUACAAGGAUGCUGGUUUUUGAAUACGCAUCAAAUGGAACUCUAUAUGAGCACCUUCACUGUGGAGAUGGAUACCAGUUAUCUUGGACACGACGAAUGAACAUUAUUAUUGGCAUUGCUCGUGGACUAAGUUAUCUUCAUACAGGAUUUGAGCCGCCAUUCUCCAUAUCUGAGUUUAAUUCGAGUGCUGUAUAUCUUACAGAAGAUUUUUCUCCAAAGUUGGUUGAUUUUGAAAGUUGGAAGACAAUUCUUGCAAGAUCAGAAAAUAACUCGGAUUCUAUUCAGAGUGAAGGUGCUAUUUGCCUUCUUUCAAAUUCUCUGGAGGGGCGCCGUCUGGAUGUUGAAGGCAACAUCUAUUCAUUUGGUGUACUUUUACUUGAAAUAGUCAGUGGAAGACCUCCAUACUGCAAUGACAAAGGUUGCUUAGUAGAUUGGGCUAAGAACUUUCUUGCGCUGCCAGAAGUAAUGUGUUUUGUGGUGGAUCCUGAAUUGAAAUAUUUUAGAUAUAAUGACCUAAAAGUUAUUUGUGAAGUGGUAAAUUUAUGCAUCAAUCCAGACCCCAUCAAGCGGCCAUCCAUGCUGGAGUUGUGCACCAUUUUAGAGAGCAGCAUUGACACAUCUGUGUCUUCUCAGCUGAAGGCAUCUUCUUCUUUGGGAUGGGCCGGGCUGUCACUUUCCCCAUAAUUGCGUUAAAGUUACCACACUGUAAAUACACACACACACACACACUGCAAAUACACACAAAAAAAUUGUAAUGCUGUCUCUGUUUCUGUCUCUGUCUCUCCUCUGUUGCAUGCUAAAAGAAAGAGAGCUUUAUGGAUGAUACAUUACCUCUGUUUGAAAGUUUGUAUACUAUUGGCUGAUUGGUAAAGUUCUAAAGUUACUCCACUUUGAAA